ACCACCAUCCCCCUCCCUGCCUCGCACCCACACACCCGAGCACUUGGACAGCGGUGCAGCGCACCUGCUUUACCUUCGCUCUCAGCAGCGCUGCGACUGCCCGCUCCACCCUCGCGCCUCCACCUGCCCGCUCAGCUCGACCCGGCGUGCCCAGCAUGACGGACGCGGCGCCCGCCGACUUCCUCGCCGCCCUCUCGGCACUGGCCAGCUCGCCGACGUCGACGCGCGCCGCAGCGUACCAGGAGCAGCUGCACUCCCUGCUGCGCCGCCCGCGCCGCGACGUUUCGCCGGCUGCCCUGCGCGCUGCGCUCGCCGCCUUCCUCGACGCCGCCGUGUUCAGCGAUGCCAACUCCACGGGCGGCGGCCUCGUCGUAGGCCGCCAGGUGCUGGAGGCCUUUGACACGGCGCUUGCGGGACCGCUGAGCGCGCCGCCGGCUGAGCGCAAGGACGAGGAGCUGGGCGCCGAGGACCCGGCCGUCUGGGACGAGGAGACGCGCACGACGCUGUUCGAGGAUGCCAUCGAGAAGGUGCAGCCGCGAGUGCUCAGCUUCGAGGAGCAGGCGUCGUCGCUGCGACUGCAUCUGGCCGACCUGUACGAGUCGGCGGAAGACUGGGCGGCGGCGGCAGGGGUGCUGCAGGGCAUCCCAUUAGACUCGGGUCAUCGAGCCGUGUCCGACACCAACAAGCUCGACGUGCUCGUGCGCAUCGUGCGCCUGCUGCUCGAGGCUGACGAUGCCGUCGGUGCAGACGUGUCGCUGAAGCGCGCCUCGCUCGUGCUGCACGCCGUGCCCGGCGCCACGCCGGCGCUGCCGGGCAUCGAGCAGGAGGGCACGCCCGAGGAGCGCCGCGAGGGCAAGAAGCUCGGCCUCAUGUUCAAGCUGUGCCAAGCGCGCAUCUACGACGCUCAGCGCCGCUUCAUGGAGGCCAGCACGCGCUAUCACGAGCUGAGCUUCGUGCCCGAGAUCGACGAGGACGAGCGGACGCAGGCAUUGUCUGCCGCCGUGACUGCUGCGAUCCUUUCUCCAGCCGGACCGCAGCGCUCGCGCAUUCUCGCGACGCUGAUCCGCGACGAGCGCACGUCCUCGCUGGACCAGCACACGAUCCUGACCAAGGUGUUCCUCGGCCAGAUCAUCCGCGCGUCGGAGAUCGCCUCGUUCGAGGCCAUGCUAGCGCCGCACCAGAAGGCCGAGCUGCCGCCGACGGCCAAUGAGAAGGCCAUGGCUGCCGCCGAUGCUGCCGCUGCAGCUGCCGCUGCCUCCAACUCGGACGGCGACGUCGAGAUGGGCGACUCGGCGCCGCCGCCUGCUCCCGUCCUGCGCACCCAGACAGUGCUGUCGCGCGCCAUGAUCGAGCACAACGUGCUGGCCGCCUCGACGCUGUACGCCAACAUCACCUUCAGCGGACUGGCUCUGCUGCUGGACCUGACUGCGCCAGCCGCCGAGUCGACAGUGCGCCGCAUGGUCGUGCAGGGCCGUCUUAAGGCCGAGAUCGACCAAGUGGGCCCUGGCGGAGGCGUCGUCACCUUCUUGGCAGGCGGCCGCGGCGGCGCAGCAGAGGCGGGCACCGCUGGCGGACUUGGCAACGUGGCCGGCGAUGGCGACGAAGGCGAGGCUCAGGAGGACGAAGACGAUCCCGACGCAGUCUGGACACGGCGGUGGGACCAGCAGAUCGCCCGCACCGCCUCCAGCCUUGAGGCGACGAGCUCGUACAUCAAGAGCCUGGCCGCAGCAUGAUCCGCG